GUGACCUCCGCCCCCGAGGCAGCCAGGCACUAAACCCCUUUGGGCGCAUCCGUCUCGGCUGUUCCGAGCCAGGCAGUUAAUCCGUUGCAACGGAAACCAGUCAUCGUCAUCACAUCCACUCUUCUAUUCUUAUCUGUACUCGUUCUCGACUUCCUUUGGCUUCUACUGCGCUUCCUGUUCAUCUUCGACCUCGUGUUAUCACCCGUCUUCUCCCCCUCGCGUUUGUCACUUCCCUCUCCCGUCUCAAUUGCUCCGGAAGCGGGUAUUCCUGCCGUUCUAGUCCCUCUAUACUCCUUAUUAUGCGCCAUCCGACAUCUCCUGACCAGACCGGCGACCUAUGAGUAUUAGCGAUGGAUCUCACACGGCAGGAAUAUCCAGCAUUGCUGGCCUCGUUACAACCCAGCCAAGCGACGGCCGUGCUCAAUGAUCGCAUCCGACUGAUCAACAAAAUCAAUGCGGAUAUCGCGGACUGGCUCCAGGAGCGUCGUCGCGUUGAGGAGGUUUAUGCCCAAGGAUUACGGAAACUGGCGACUCGGUCCCAGGCGAAUGACGGAGCAGCGCUCGGGAUCUUCCAAAUUCCAUGGCAGCGCAUCACCAAUGCCGUCGAGACCAUCGCGGCAUCGCACGAGACCUACGCGCAGAAGAUCGAUGAGGAUGUGGAGCGGCCGCUGAAGGAGUACGGCAGCAAGAACCGAGAACUGUCUUCGAUGCCGGGUGUCCAGAGCGAUCUGGCUUCCUUGGCGAAGAGCUUGGAGGCGUCCCAAAAGAAGGUAGAGAAGGCUAAGGACAAGGGCCCCAAAGGCGCCGAUAGGCUGGCCAGCGCGGUUACGGCCUCCGAAGAAGUCAGUCAACAGUGGGAAUCGAGGGCGCCCUUCGUGUUUGAGCAACUGCAAGCAGCGGAUGAGAGCCGCUUGAACCAUCUUCGCGAUGCCCUGACCCAGUUAGAGACCCAUGAGGUCGACCAGGUCGAGCGCUGUCGCCAGGCAGCGGAAAGCUGUCUCAAUGUGCUGCUCAACGUCGAGACGGCCGAUGAGAUCAAGACGUUUGCUGCCAAGGUGAACGGCGGACGGCCGGUUGUGUCAAGGAGGCAGCAAGCUGCUUCUCCUCCGCCUGUGGCGCCUGUGGCGCCUCUGGCGCCCCCGCCACGCAUUCAGGACGACGCUGCUAGCCAGCACUCGGAGGCUUCGAAUCCUGUCCGGACACCCCCUGCCCCGGAGCCUCAGCCCCGACACAACACUACUCUGGGUGGCCUCAGGCGCCUGGGCACUGUGAUGAACCGAAGAAAGAGCAUGGUACAGCCUUCAGGCGGUGUCUUCUCGGAAAGGAAACACCGGAGCCCGUUUGCGUCGUUCAAAAGGGGCGACUCGUCGCGGGAAAUGCAGAUUCCAGAAUCCCCCCCUGACGGGACCGACCGUCCUGAUACCGCCAUCACCGCACAGAGUGACGCGACACGUCUGCCGAGCGAGUCUCAUGAUCGCGAGGGAAUCAGUGCCCUCUCGACCAGCCCGGUUCCACCGCCGGCGCCGGCAACGUCGAAUGGCACGGCACUACACGACGCGCCUGCCGAGACUGGUCUCCUGAGUGCACCGGUAAGCGAACCACCGCGAGUCGACUCGGAAGGCUAUACGGAACGACCGUCCACCAUUGACGAGAUCUCACGGCUCCAACGUGAAGCAGCCGGCUUGGACGAGCAAGCCAUCAAUCUGACCAUCCGGGAGCAACCCAUUUUUGAAGAUGAAAGCCAAGCGAAACAGGCCAUGGACGACAUGGCGAACCAAUUGAGGAUGCGAGCCCCACAGAGUGGGAUGAGACGCAACGCUGGUACCAUCCGCGGUCGACGCGAUGUCCGCAACACUGUGUUCAUCCCUAACCCGACCAGUCCGGAACCACCUACUUUGCAUUCGGGUGGGGACCCGGGCUCUAUGCCCACUUCGCCGGCCAUGCCGAUCAAGCAUGUCACGUCGCCGAGCACGGCCACUGAAGACCAUACGAUGUCAGAUACCACCUCGAUUCGCUCUUCACACACCUUGCACAGUAUCUCCGGCCCCGUCGCGCAUCCAGAUCUCCACGAACCCGGCCUGAAUGCCUCCGUCGUCGAGACGGUGAAUGCGUGGUUCUCCGAGGGCGCGGUGACGAAGGCGUUCGUGGUCGGAGAGCUCGCGCUGGCGUACAACGCUGCGAACACGUUCCCCACGGACAAUGCUCGUGUGCGCCUGAACAACUUCCAGGUGCUAGAAAAGGUCGCCGCGAACCCCCAUUUUGUGCAUGAAGUCGCCGACCAGUCCGACGAUAAGAGAGGCGAAUACAGUAUCCAGCUGGCCAGCAUUGCCCGUCAGUCACCAACCGUGGCGUUCAAGUAUCAGUUGCACAUCGGCCCAUCGGAGGCGUCGGCCCACUGCCCCGUGAUCUUCAAGCCCGCAUGGAAUAUCGAGGAGUUCCAGGCCAGCGUCAUUGUCUUCUACUCCCUGAACCCCUCCUUUACCUCCGCAGGCAACUCCAUCACCCUCCGCAACCUGGUCCUGACCGUCAACCUGGACACGUCGCCCGAGGAGGACCGUGAGGUGGUCCACGCCACGAACGCCGUCAUGUAUCCCAACACCGGGGCGGCCUUCCGCCGCAAGCAGUCUGCCGUGGUGUGGAAGCUCCCGGAGCUGGAGAUCAAACCCACCGAAGGGAAGCUCCUCGCGCGGUUCACCACAUCCAGCAGCUGGCCGCGGAAAGGAAAGGUCGAAGCCAAAUUCGAGGUGCCCGCCAUUGAUGCUGGCUCUCGACUGGGGAUCAGCGCCGCUGGGCCAUCCCAGGAGACGGGGCCGAAGGCGUCCGACCCUUUUGCCGACGACGGCACAGGAGUACAGCCUCCGUCGACUCCUUCCUGGAGCGAAGUCUCGACAGUGCGCAAACUCGUGGGCGGCAAAUAUGUUUCUUCAUAGACCACAUACCCUUCCGCCCGCCUGCUUUGGCGCUUUUUCUCCACGGGAGAUUGAUUCCAGUCUCCAGCCUCCCUCUUACUUAGCAUGUGGCCCAACAACGACCGAUCCGAUCCUGACGAAUGACCCCAGGGCCAAAACUGAACAUAGUUGCAACCGAUGCAUGGAUCUCUAAAAAGCAGAGAGGCUCUUUUCUCAUACCUACGCAGGGCCACUCCCAGCUCCACCUGUACAUCGGAGUUCCUGAGUAAAAAAUGCCACACACACCACGACCCCUGUGCUGUACUCAAACAGCACAUACUAAUUAAUCGCUUACAACUUCCCACGGCGCAGUUUCUUAUCCUUCUUUCUUUCAUUAUGAUGCUUUGGCUUUUUUUUUU